CGCGGAGCCGCCGGAUGCGGAUGAUCCGCGGCGCUAAAAGAUGGAGGGGAUGACGCUGAGCGAGGCGGAGCAGCGCUACUACUGCGACCUCUUCUCCUACUGCGACACCGAGAGUACCAAGAAGGUGGCGUCCAACGGGCGCGUCCUGGAGCUCUUCCGCGCCGCGCAGCUGCCCAACGACGUGGUCAUGCAGAUUAUGGAGCUCUGUGGUGCAACAAGACUUGGCUAUUUUGGAAGAAGUCAGUUUUACAUUGCUUUGAAACUUGUUGCUGUGGCCCAAUCUGGUCUCCCUCUAAGAGUGGAAAGCUUAAAUACAGUAAAGGACCUCCCUCUUCCCAGAUUUGUUGUGUCAAAGAAUGAACAAGAGUCAAGACACACAGCCUUGUAUUCUUCAGAUGCUGAUAAUCCAGCUUCAUAUUCAGGUGUGAUUCCUCCUCCUCCACCUGGCAGGAUACAAGUCAAAAAAGGCUCUGUGAGCCAUGAUGCAGUUCAGCAGCGUACAUCAACUGAUCAACAGGAGUCCACUUCUCCAGUUGUUUCACCACAGCAAUCCCCACCAACCUCUCCACAUACCUGGAGGAAGCACAACCGCCAUCCCAGCGGAGGGAAUAAUGAGCGACCUCUUGCUGGACCUGGGCCUUUUUGGGCUCCAUUUAGCGAAGUACAACCAGGCUCAUCUACUUCUAGUGAUCCCGUAUGGUCUGGCCAUUCACCGCCACCCCAUCAAGAAAAUUGGGUCAGUUUUGCUGAUACCCCACCAACCAGUGCUCUUUUAGCCAUACAUCCUGCUUCUGUCCAGGACCAGACAACAGUACGAACUGUAGCAUCAGCUACAACAGCAAAUGAAAUUCGUAGGCAAUCAAGUAGUUAUGAUGACCCCUGGAAAAUAACUGAUGAACAAAGGCAGUAUUAUGUUAAUCAGUUUAAAACCAUUCAACCUGAUCUAAAUGGAUUUAUACCAGGAUCUGCAGCUAAAGAAUUUUUCACUAAGUCAAAACUACCUAUUCUUGAACUUUCUCAUAUUUGGGAACUGUCAGAUUUUGAUAAAGAUGGUGCACUGACAUUGGACGAGUUCUGUGCUGCAUUUCAUCUGGUAGUUGCUAGGAAGAAUGGGUAUGAUUUGCCAGAAAAGUUACCUGAAAGUUUAAUGCCCAAACUGAUUGAUUUGGAAGACUCAACGGUGAUUCCUAUCGUUUCAGAAGUUGGGGAACAGACUGGUGAGGUAGGUUACUCUGGCUCUCCAGCAGAAGCACCUCCAAGCAAGUCUCCAUCAAUGCCAUCCCUAAACCAGACCUGGCCAGAAUUGAAUCAGAGCAGUGAGCAGUGGGAGACAUUUAGCGAACGCUCUUCAAGCUCACAAACUCUGACCCAAUUUGAUUCUAACAUUGCACCAGCUGAUCCUGACACUGCAAUUGUGCACCCAGUUCCUAUAAGAAUGACUCCAAGCAAAAUCCACAUGCAGGAAAUGGAGCUUAAAAGAACUGGAAGUGAUCAUGCUAACCCUACUAGUCCACUACUUGUGAAACCAUCAGAUCUCCCAGAAGAAAAUAAAAUUAGUUCAUCUGUAAAAUUUACGUCUGGAAAUACAGUUACAGAUGGUUACAGCAGUUCGGACUCUUACACUUCAGAUCCGGAGCAAAUUGGAAAUGCUGUAACACGGCAACGAUCACAUUCAGGAACAUCUCCAGAUAACACUGCACCACCACCACCCCCUCCAAGGCCUCACGCUUCUCAUUCUCGGUCGUCAUCUUUAGAUAUGAACAGAUCCUUUUCAGUUACCCCAGGACAGCAACAGGCUGGAGUUGUUGCCUAUCCGCCUGCAGUGCCUCCAAGACCACAGCCUUCACAGGGCACAGGUCCUCAUGUGCAUCGCUCAGUGGAUGCUGAUGGCCUAAUAGCUCAUACCAGUACCUCACCUCAGCAAAUACCAGAACAGCCAAAUUUUGCAGACUUCAGCCAGUUUGAGGCAUUUGCUGUUUCAGGUGUAAACAAAGAGGAAGAAGAUGAAAUUGAAACACACUCAGAAGUCUUGCAGGUUGAAAAGCCCUCUGAUUCUGCAAGUUCUCUUAGAGUUGCCAAAGCAGAUGGAAGAGUUGAAGACAAAGCACCUGCAAAUGUCCCCAGUAGUGCGGGUAAAGGCACUACCCCACUUGCUCCACCACCGAAGCCUAUUCGUAGAAGAUUAAAAUCAGAAGAUGAGCUAAGACCUGAAGCUGAGGAACAUACACAGAAAACAGGUGUCAUAGCUGCUGUUCUUGCUUCACAGCCAUCUAUUCCUAGAUCAGUGGGAAAAGACAAGAAGGCAAUUCAGGCAUCAAUCAGACGUAACAAGGAAACCAACACUGUUUUGGCCAGAUUGAACAGUGAACUACAGCAGCAACUAAAGGAUGUUCUUGAAGAGAGAAUCUCCCUGGAAGUCCAACUGGAACAACUUCGACCCUUCUCUCACCUCUAAGCCUACUGCCGUUAACUGUGAAUUUACUAAUUUUGAAAGGGGUAGUGGUUUCAAGGCCUAUUUAAAUAUCCAUGCAUCUAGCUCAAUGCACUCUAUUCUACAUUAAAUGUUGUGGUUCUGUUUUGUCAAUUUGUCCACUUUUGUAUUUUAAGUAUUUUAAUUUCAGUACAGAGAGAAAAAAAAAAAGAACUACUUUUUUCUUGAAUGUGACACUGCCUCUCACAUCUUUCUCUGUGGGCAUCCAUGAUCUUUGUUGGACUUGAGUUUGCGGAGUUUGUCGCCAAAAUUUCCAACUGGAAUUUUUUCAUGGAUUUUUUUUUUUUUCCUGUUGAAACAUCUUUGCAGAAGAGGGUUGCUAAUCAGUUGAUUUUAAGCACGUAAACUCUUAAUUCACUAUGGCAUUUAUUUUACUGUGCCAGAAAAGAGGCAAACUACUAAUCUGUCAUCAGCCAAUGUUACUUCCCAAGCUGCCUUUCACAAUUGGAAUAUUGUUCACGAUUCUAGAAAGCCUGCCUCUUUGCAAUUCCCCAGUUUACUCAGGUUGGGAGAGUUCUUGCAGGCUGUUUGCCAUAUCAACUGGAUUGGAUUUUGUGAUUUUUGUUGCAUACAUUACAGACUAUGUAACCACAGAUUGCCAGGUGUUAACAUUUUAUCCAUUCAUCUUCCUGAUUCAGCCGCAUGUGUAGAAGCAUUUAUGGCACAAUUGGUAGUCUAUCAAACAGGUCUUCUUUAGUUCUCCCCUUUGUGAAAAGAGUUGGGUGUAGGUCCCAAACAUUAAUUGCACAUUAUCUAAGCACCACCUGUAAUUGCAUGUCUCACACGUUACCUUUUAAUAGCAGAUCACAUCCACCAGUCUUUACUAUAACAAAUUGUAUUGUCAAGUAAUGUGUCAAUACCUCUAUAAACUUUGAAUUCCUGGCAAAAAAAAAAUAUAUAGAACAAAAAAUGAACAGUUUUUCUUUUUAGGAAUUCUGGGGUACCUUCUGUCAUCUUGUUUCCAGGCCUUACUUCUCUGGCAUAUAGACAGGUUUCACUAUUAACAGAGUUCCUUGAGUGUAUCUUGCUCUUCAGGUUGAUGUACUGUAUUAGGAUUUGUUGUAUAUUGUACGAUACACACAUUUUGAUCUCAUAUGUAAAUUUGCAUUAAUUGCUGACUAACAGCAGAUAUUCUAUUUAAUGGCUUCUUCUGGCUGUGGGAUCAUAGAUGUUUAACUGCAUGGAUGUAUCUCUGCAGAAUCAGAACUAGCAAUUGUGUGAUUUUUACACCAAUAAAACAGCACAAUAUUUUAA